AUCAAAUUACCCACGAAAUUCUAUCAACUUAAAGCAGGCUCGAGCCCCACCCCGAGCCCGACAGCGACGCGCAUCUUCUUCUCCGGCGAACACUCCGGAUUCUCAGUCCGUCCGUCCGUCCUCCGCCGCGACCGCCGUUUCGAGAAGCAGCUCCGACGCCGCAGCGCGCUCGAACAUGUCUCUUCUCUUCAACCCUCCUACGUUUGCACCGCAGCAGAAGUUAAGGAAACCCGAUUUGGGGGACCGUAGGAGACUCAACCCGCCGUCGCGGUCUCUAUUUUUCAGUACGGAGAAGAGGGUCUUCGGCAGAAGGCUCGGUGACUACCGUGGGAACGGAGUCCGGGCGUUUUUCUUCAAUCCCACGGAAGAGCGCAUCAUUAAAGAAGCUCUCAAGGAACCGGUUGCUUUCAUGGGUGGGAUGUUUGCGGGUAUUCUGAGGCUCGAUCUGAAUGAAGAUCCACUAAGGGAGUGGGUUACCAGAACGGUGGAAGCUUCAGGGAUUUCUCAGGAGGAGCUUGAUGCAGAAGGAUCCAAAGAAGCAGAAGAAGAUGCCCCUCAACAGAUUGAGAUUGAAUGAAGGUCGGGUCAAUAAUCGCAUUAUACCUUCACUGCAUAGUGUAAACGGAAGCUGAAAUAGCAUGGAAAUAAAGUAAAUUAUCCAUGGACAUUUUGUAUCUGUUGUGAACAAACGGCGGCAUUGGUUAAUUUCUUGAAAAAAAAAAAGCUGUUCUUUCGCUAGUUUGUGGAAAUUCUAAAUGUGAGAUUGGUCCGUGGUCAUGGCCCCUUGUAUCAAUCUAACUGAUAAAUGAUAACCCGGUCAUGGUAUUGAAGUGGCCAAGUAUGAUUUUAUGCUGA